AUGGUUGUAGAGCCGGUACUACUACCACAAGUGGAGCUUUCACCCAUUAGUCGAACAUACAAUACAGCAUCUCCAAGAUCAAGUCCCACCCAUCAGCUUCAACUUCAAAUUACAAACCAUUACAAAUAUAUUCAAUCGAGUAACUCCAAUGUCGCCUCCACCAUCCAAGUUCUACCAAUAACAACAUCAAGUUCAUUUGAGAUCCCUUCACCAACUCAUUCUGACCCGCUUUCCGUAUCAACAACCCCAGAAGUUCCGUCACUCGUAUCGCCACAUAAUCCACCAUACGAUGCUGAUUUGUAUUACCCGCAACGAGGUAGUAUUAGACCUAGAGGAACUUCCUUAUUCGGACGUGAUGUGUUUGAUGAGUAUAUUGGAAACAGGUAUGAUAGGUUUAGACCAACUGAGUCGCAACAGAAUAAUGACGUUGUUAUGAAUAAUAUGCAUCCAUUUCAAAGAGAUGAUUAUGGUAUUGCACCGAAGACAUUUCUUGAGAGUAUUGCAUCUUGGUUUAAAUCAAAGCCAGUAGUACCAGAUUUGGAAAUGCAACAGCGAGAGGAAGAGGAAGAGAAAAGUGAGUCUUUGGGAAAUACUGUGGUUAUACCACGAGAAGAAGAUACAUCACCCCAGCCAGUUUACACCCCUAGAGGCAUACCCAUCAAUGAGUUCGUUUUAAAUUACAGUAAACCAGCUGAUGAGUCAAACCUUGGUGAAGAGACUGACAGAAGAACAGCGAUAGUCAAUCUGUUUGACGAAGAAGUUCGCGAUUUGGUUGACGGGGUGGAUAACUUUUUGACAUCUUGUUUUGAUGGCAUUUGGACAUUCUUAAAUGACUCUAUUGAUUACUGUUCAGAUUUGUGCUAA